UUUCACAAUAAAUUUACAGAACAAAGAGAAGAAAUUUUUGAAGAUGAGACGACCACCAGGAAUUGGCGGUUUACAGAAGGCAGCUGCUGCAAGGGAUCCGUAUCGAUUACUGGGAGAAAAUGUAGCAAAGCUUAGAACUGAUCUCAUGAAAGAACAAACUUGCCCCACUUUUGGUUCCAAGCUUGAAGAGUUUGCUCGUAAGCACAAGAAUGAUAUACAAAAGAACCGCAUAUUCAGGUCUCGGUUUCAUGAGAUGUGUGCAAAAGUUGGAGUGUAUCCAUUGGCGUCAAAUAAGGGUUUCUGGGCAGAGCUGUCAGGGAUUGGUGACUUCUAUUAUGAACUUGGAAAUUGCAGUUUUAUGUUCUAGUGAGAGCAGGACGUUUCAGCCUAGUGGUGGAUCUAGUAGAUUUGGGUCUUUAAAAGUAAAUACUCAUAAUUUAAUAGAGAUUCUGUUGAGGAAAGACUUAUUAUUUUAUGUGAUUUGGGAGGAAAUCCCUUAGUAAAUUGUAUACUCUGUUAGAUAAUAGUAGCGAACAUGAUUCAGUUCUUCGCAACCAAAAAUUUUGAAGCUGCCCUUUGAGUUUUCAUUAUAUGUUUUAAUUGAAUCAUAAUAUUCAUGAUUUUGUAGUAACUGGGUUUUUGCAUUUAUAACUCAAUCAUCUGAACUUUUUGGCACUGCAGCUACAAGUUUCUGCA